AUGGGCAACUUCGACAUAAUUUCUAACGAAAUCGUCAACUGGGCAAACAAAUCCGAGAACGAGCGGGAUGGCUGCACGCUCAUCCAGGUCCUUCGGAUCGUCUACGAGAAGGCGCUCGAUGCCUCUUCGCCCGCGAUAUACGCCAAACUCUGUCGCAAGAUGAUGGAAAAUAUCAGCGACAAGGUUCAAGACGACGGACUCAGGGGUCGAGACGGCAAGUCGAUUGCUGGUGGGCAGUUAUUCCGCAGGUACCUCCUUAAUCGUGUCCAGGAAGAUUUCGAGCGUUGCUGGGUGUUGAAGAGGGUCGGUGCUGCCGCUUCCCGUUUCCAACAAUCGGAGAAUACCGGCACCGUGCAGGACGGCGCCAUGGGAGGUGUGGAGGACCCGUGUUCGCUAAACUAUUACGCUCCGGAGACGGUGGAGAAGAGAGGUCUUGGUUUGGUCAGACUCAUGGGCGAACUCUUCAAACUGCAGAUGAUCACGGAGCGUAUCAUGCACGAGUGUAUACGACAGUUGAUCAAGGACGGUGAAGAGCUGGGGAUCGAGAGUUUUUGUGGGUUGAUGCAUAACGCUGGCCAGAUCUUGGACUCUAAGCCGAUGCGCCUAUGGAUGGAUGUAUACUUCAAUAACAUGAAGCAAUUGGCAUUGGAUCCGAAGACAGAACCGCGGGUAGUCAGUAUGGUGAAGGAUGUCAUCAAACUUCGCAAGCGUGGAUGGAAAUCUGCGCCGCCGCUACUGGUCCGGUACUAUGAUCCUUUGUUAGAUUAG